UUUGAUAAUGGCGACACCCACUAAGGACAGAGAAAACUUCGAUGAUUUAUUAACUUGUACGAUUUGUUUGGAAACUUUCAAAGUUCCAAAGUAUCUACCAUGUCUUCAUACAUUCUGUGAAACAUGUAUUAAUACCUACAUUAUGUCAUCUGUGGAAAAGGGAAAGAUAACCGAGGGAUUUACAUGUCCUGUUUGUCGAAAAAUUGUAUCAGCAGUGGAAACAUUAGAAAGGCCAGAAGUAUGGGCGACCUCGUUGCCUACCAAUUAUUUUGUAACAUCAAUGUUAGAUAAACGAGCAAUACAAAAGGCAGAGAAAAUGUGCAAUUCGUGUCAGUUAAACAAAGAAAGUACAAAAGCAAAAUCUUGGUGUACUAUUUGCGAGGAGGCAUUCUGUGAACAGUGCGAAAAAUGUCACAAAAACUUUAAGAUGACAGCAAGACAUAAACUUCUAAAUAUUCAAGAAAUGCAGUCCGGUAAUACACCUUUUGAAGUAUGUGAGGUACAAAGCUGUGAAGAGCAUGCAGGAAAGAUCAUAGAAUUUUAUUGUUUGGAUCAUUCUCAACCUUGUUGCACGUCGUGCGCUACACUUUCACACCGUAAAUGUGAAAAUGUUACUUCAAUCCAAAAAGCCGUUUCCGGUAUCAAACAGUCAACGAAAGCGUCUGGUUUAUCCCAAAAAGUAAGAGAGCACGUGAUUCAGUUAGAUGAAAUUAUUGAUGAUCGAAAUAAUAAUUUAGCUGAUGUUGAGAAUUCAACAGGAUAGAUUAAGACAAGAGUGGCUGAUAUAAAAACUGAAAUUUUAAAGCAUUUAGAUCGAAUAGA